AUGUCUACAGAAGGUCCCAACCCACGCGUCGGCGUCGCAGCACUUAUCUAUGCCCGCGAUGGCAAGUUUCUCACUGGAAAGCGAAUGGGCAGUCACGGAGCAGGUACCAUUCAGCUUCCAGGCGGCCAUCUAGACUACGGCGAAAGCUUCCUCGAAUGCGCAGCGCGAGAAACCCUCGAAGAGACAGGCCUCCAAGUUCGCGCCGUCAAGGUCGUAGCUGUGACGAAUGACGUCUUUGAGAGUGAGAAGAAGCACUAUAUUACGAUAUUUGUGCGCUGUGAAACGGUGGACGAAAAUGCAGAGCCUCAGAUUCUUGAGCCAAAGAAGUGUGCGGGUUGGUAUUGGAAGACUUGGGAUGAUUUGAAGGAGAUUCUGGCCGGCGGUCAAGAUGAGAAGUUGUUUUUACCAUUGGUGAAUUUACUCGGGCAGACGGAUGAUCUGGAGGCUUUGAGAUAA